GGUCAUGUGAUCUGCGGAGAGGUACCGAAACGAGGCUUGGCUCACAGAAGGAAGGGAGGGGCGGACACAAGAUCCAGUGAGGGGGAUUGAAUAGUGAUAUCCAUAAUAAAUUCGCCUAACAGCCGACCGCUAGUGAGAAGAGGUGUGUGUACAGAUAACACUUAACACAGAAUAUUUGAAAAUGGCAUGCAAAUGGAUAACACAGGAGACGUUUGAUGCUGUUGUGCAAGAAAAUAUGGUAGAAUUUGAUAUGGAAGCAGAAGAAGCUUUGAAUGAAGCUAUUCAACAGUUUGCAUCGCAAGGUGUUGACUUGACAAACAUAAUUAAGGAAGUUCGAAAACAAAGUGAUGAGGGUGAGGCUGCUUCAGGCCAUGAAAUUCUGCAGACAUUGGACUCCUUGAGAAAGGCUGUGGAUUCUGGGUCUGCAGGCAGUUUCUCUGAAAUUCUUAUUCAGUUUGGAGAUCAGUGUAAAAAGGGGAUGGGACAUCGGUACCUAGCAGGACAGAAGUUUGCCUAUCCAGUGGUUCUUGAAGCCUGGAAACUUUCUGAGAAUGACAGAGAAGCACUACUGAAUGCUCUUUAUGCAUUGUCAUCUCUCACUGAUGGGCAGCCUGAUUUGCUGGAAGGUGUUGGACAGGACCUGCUAAUUCGUAAUUUAGAGAAUUAUACACAAGACGCUGAGGUGACCUUGAUGGCAAUCCGUCUCACUCGGCACGUAUGCCUGAAGCACGAGCAGAAUCGGCAAAACCUUGUUAAAGCAGGUAUUUUGCGACACCUUACAGGGGCCAUAUCAAACCAUGGAGCAGAUCCAGAUGUGGUGCGUGAAGCUUGCUCUGCUUUGAGGAUUAUGACCUUUGAUGAUGACAUUAGGGUUCCCUUUGGACAAUCACAUGAUCAUGCAAAGAUGAUUGUUAUGGAGAAUGGAGGCCUGAAACUGUUGAUAGAAGCUGCAAAAGUUUUUACAGAUAACACUGGAGUACUAAGUGAACUAUGUGCUACAGUUUCCCGCCUUUGUGUACGUAAUGAGUUCUGUCAAGAUGUUGUUGACCUAGGUGGUCUAAAUUUCAUGGUGGCUCUCCUAGCUGACUGCAUAGAUCAUCAGGAGCUUGUAAAGCAGGUAUUGAGUGCCUUCAGGGCAAUUGCUGGCAAUGAUGAUGUCAAAGAUGCCAUAGUCAGUUCUGGAGGGACAGACCUGAUUGUUCUUGCGAUGUCCAGACACCUCUCUAAUGCUCAGGUCUGUGAUCAGGGCUGUGCAGCUCUUGCUAUGUUAGCCCUACGUAAGCCUGAGAACUGUAAAGUUAUUAUGGAAGGAGGCGGAGCAUUAACUGCUCUCCAAGCAAUGAAGAUACAUCCUAAAGAUGCCAAUGUACAGAAACAGGCCUGUAUGGUUAUCCGGAACUUGGUUUCACGUAGCCAGGAUUUCUCACAACCCAUCUUGGAAAUGGGAGCCGAAUCCCUUAUUUUAAAGGCUCGCAACACUCACAAGGACUGUGAUGAUAUAGCGAAGGCAGCGCUACGAGAUCUUGGCUGUAAAGUAGAACUCCGAGAACUGUGGACUGGUCAGAAAGGCAACAUAGUGCACUAACCUUAGUACUUCUCUACUCGGAAACAAGCGCUGGCAGCUUUUAGGGACAGUUAUGGCAAACUUUCCAGUCCUCAUUUAACUUGUGCUUAAAAGCUUUUAUUUAUGUGUGUUUUUGCUGUUUUCCAACAUGCUGCAUCUUCUGAUACUCUUGAUGUUAUCCUCCCGAUUUUGAGUGUGAAGUAUAUUUAACAAACACAUUAUCUGAAUUUACCUGUUACAGAUCAAUUAACAGAGGUAGCAUUAAACCUGCUUAUAAACA